GAUGAUGGUCUAGGAAAAAAAAAAAAAAGCUUCCUUCUGAUGCUUUGAACAAUUGAAAGGGAAUCUAUAUUGGUCUGAGCCGAUGGUAUGAGCAGGUGGGUGGCCCUGGUCUCCAUCGGCUCCCCGCCCCUCCGGGUUGAUGCUAUCGGCUUUCCGCCGAGACGCCUGUUUGCCCACGGGCCUGCAGGUGGUGACGCGUGCGCGGGGUCGCCGCCCGGGACGGGACGGGACGGGACGCACGGGCGCGGGAGGAAGCGGGGCGGUAAACAGGAAGUGGAUGCUGCGAGCUCGGAGACGGCGCUCAGAACACAUUUGGAGAAAAUGACCCAUUGGUUUCAUAGGAACCCAUUAAAAGCUACAGCUCCUGUCUCUUUUAACUACUAUGGUGUGGUCACUGGCCCUUCUGCUUCCAAAAUUUGCAAUGACUUGAGAUCAUCCAGGACACGACUCCUUGAACUGUUCACUGAUUUGAGCUGUAAUCCAGAAAUGAUGAAGAAUGCAGCAGAUUUGUACUUUUCACUUUUACAAGGAGAAGGUUUGAGAUGUGAAAAGAGAGAAAGGGGCCAGCAGUUUUAUUCAAGCACCUGGAAAAGUUUCAUAAAUUCACUAGAUGAAUCUACGCAGGAGAGCAAAUUGCGAUAUAUUCAAAAUUUCAAGUGGACUGAUACAUUACAAGGUCAGGUUCCAAGUGCCCAGCAGGAUGCUGUUUUUGAAUUAAUUUCCAUGGGAUUUAAUGUAGCCUUAUGGUAUACCAAAUAUGCUUCAAGACUGGCUGGAAAAGAAAACAUAACAGAAGAUGAAGCAAAAGAAGUCCAUCGAAGCCUCAAAAUUGCAGCUGGGAUUUUUAAACAUUUAAAGGAAAGUCAUGUUCCAAAACUUAUUACACCUGCAGAAAAGGGAAGAGAUUUAGAGGCCCGGCUCAUAGAAGCAUAUAUUAUCCAGUGUCAGGCUGAAGCUCAAGAAGUAACAAUUGCCCGAGCAAUUGAACUAAAACAUGCUCCUGGACUGAUCGCUGCCCUGGCAUAUGAAACAGCUAAUUUCUAUCAGAAAGCUGAUCAUACUUUAUCCAGUUUGGAGCCUGUGUAUUCUGCCAAAUGGAGAAAGUAUCUUCACUUGAAAAUGUGUUUCUACACAGCUUAUGCUUACUGUUACCAUGGACAGACUUUGUUGGCUAGUGAUAAAUGUGGUGAAGCAAUCAGGUCUCUCCAAGAAGCAGAAAAGUUGUAUGCAAAGGCAGAAACACUAUGCAAAGACUAUGGAGAAACCAAAGGACCUGGACCAACAGUCAAACCUUCAGGACACUUGUUCUUUAGGAAACUUGGGAACCUUGUGAAGAAUACCCUAGAAAAAUGUCAAAGAGAAAAUGGAUUUAUUUACUUUCAGAAAAUCCCAACAGAAGCCCCACAACUGGAACUCAAAGCAAAUUAUGGGCUGGUAGAGCCUGUGCCUUUCGAAUUUCCUCCUACAAGUACUCACUGGACACCAGAGACAUUGGCUGCAUUUGAUCUCACCAAGAGACCAAAGGAUGACAGUGCCAAACCCAAGCCAGAAGAAGAAGUGAAACCUGUGAAAGAACCAGACAUCAAACCUCAGAAGGACACUGGAUGCUACAUCUCCUAAAAAUGCAACAUGCACUUAGAAUGUCUCUGCUAAUAGAUGCAAUAUACUGCAGAACCUCAGUUCAUAUUUCCUGAAAUGAUUUCUCUGAAGCCUAUAGAAGAAUUAUUAAAUUCAGGGGGAAUUGGCCUUCAGUUUAUUUAUUCUUAGUUUUUAUUGUAGAGAUGUUUCAUGCUUUAUUUUCAGACUCUCCUUUUCAAUCAGGACAGCAUUUGAAAGGUUUUAUGGUGCCUCUAAGGGGUGUAUGUAGGAACUGGAUCUUUUUUGAACUCUGGGUAGUUAGUUUCAGUUUAGUGAGUUUUUAGGUAUGUUUUUCUGUCUUCACAGAAAUGUUUCUUUUCCUUCCUAUUUGAUAACAGAUUGACAAGAAUCAGUUUUGAACAGAGACUGUUUUUUCCUCUCACCAUUGUAUUAAUUGCAGCACAGACUUGUUAUGUUCUGAGUUUCUUGUCUUUUCUGGUAGGGAAAAAGUCAUUUACAAAGAUCAGACAACCUUCAUAUCAAAUCCCUUGCCCAUAAUAGAAUCUAUAAUUUACUUGAAAAUCAGCGUUUACCACAAUCUAAAAUUUACUACCACAAGAAUCAUGUGCUUCAUUCAGUUUCUGUAACUCUAAAGUGAUUUUUACAAAUAUCUUUUCUAAUGGGUUUUUUAGAGGGUAGAACUUUGUAACACUGCUUAGUGUUUCUGUGUAAGGGCAGACAGGAAGAAUAGAGAAUGUUUUUUUGAAGAAGUCAAAUGUUGCAUGGUGUAAAGAAAAAAACUUAAAUGAGAUAGAUUGUCCUGAACCACACUGGUAACUACUUCAUUAAGGAAGUUUUAGUAAGAUGCCUCUGUUACCUUAUUUCGGUGUACAUUGGUUUUACAUGGUUUUCUAGUAUCUACUAACAGAAUUGUAUUGCUUUAGGCAAAAGCCAUAGCAAAAAGUCAGGAAAGCAGACGUAGGUACAAUAUAAGCUUAAAAAUGGAUUGUAAAAUUUGAAACAGUUCAGUAUAUAUACAAACUUGGGAAAUAGUGGAUGCAUAAUACUUUUAACAAGUCAUACAUCUGUAGAUUUAUCUUCAGUUGAUUCUCUGGGGGUGUUAGGUAAUUUUCCUAUUAUAAGUGAUACAUUGGUUGGGUCACUUAAUAGAAAUAAUGGUGUCUUUUGAGAACUUCUUAUGUGUCGGGCAAUGUGCUGAGCACUCAUAUAGAUAAACCAUUGAAUCCACACAACAACCCAAGAUGUGUAAAAUCUACAUCAAGUAUUGAAGUAGGAAUAUUUCAUUAUGAAUGAAUAGAUUAUACUAUCUGAAUCAAGAUUGUGUUCAAAUAAGUAAUUACUUAAAUCAUACAGUUUAUACUCCUUUAAAAAAGCAAUAUGGAACAAGCAAGGGUUUGGGGUUUUUUUUUUGACUAUAUGGAAAUGCUAAUUGCUGUUUGCAGUGUAAUGUUUAAUAUUUGAAGUUGCAUUUUCCAAAAUAUUUGCAGUAAAGACUGAACAGACAUUUUUAUUUUGCUGUCUAUAGAAAAAUAUUUUAUUAUUUCACUGUGUUUUGUGUGGUCUUUACUACAAAAUCACUUGUUUGCCAUUUACUGACAAAACUUUAAACAAUACUUGAUGCUAGCUAGGUCUUUACUCUCUGCCUCUAGAACCUAUUUAUCUUGGGUAGUAGGCUUCAUUAACCUUGCUACUAUAUUUUCACGUUGAGAUUUUUGUGGAUUAAUAUGUAAAAUGGAAACAUAAUAUGCUGUCACUUCUGUAAAAUGCAAUAAAUACUGGUAUUUAAACCCCAAUUGGCAACAUUGACAUCUGAAAAUACUGUCAAACCAGCAAAGGUAACACUUUAUGACUAGCAUACCCCAUUAAAUAUAUUAUUUUUUGAAGUGGUGUUGGAGAUUUGGGAAAAUUAUCAAAUGUUGCAUGAAGGUGCUAGAGAGAUUAUUUGUGCUUACUGCUGCAUGAGUUUCAUACCAGAUAGUGACAGCAAACAUGCUUCUGCUGUUGUUUGUAUAGUAAGUUACCUUUUUAUUUAUGAAAUUAAAAGCAAUUUUACUUACAUUUCCAUUGGAAAGCUUAUUUUUUGAUGAAUAUUUUUAUGUUUGCUAAGCCAUUGACUUAAUACAGUGUAAAUUCUUAUUCACAGUAAAUGUUAAAACACAUUUGUAUCGUUGUUUGAGGCUCCGUGAGUUAAUUGCAUGUUUAUCACUCCUUGACCAGUUUGGUUUCUACUUCUGUUUGUUGUACCUGUCACCUCAUAAUGUGAAAAAUACGCUUUUUGAUGGGCUUGUUAAUGCCUGACAGCAGAACACAUACUUGUGUACUGUGGUAAAGUACACUGAAAAGCUUAUUAAUGCUAUACACGGGUCUGUAGGAAACUGUACUUUGCAAACUUUUGAGGUUACAUUUUCAUUACUGUAUCAACAUACUCAGAAAUUAAAACUUUAGAAGUAGUUCCUUAUUUUCCAGAGUUUAAUUCCAGUGCUUCAGAAAAUACUGUAUUUCUAAUCUCUUAACGUGUAUAAAACUUGCAGUGUCAUUUGGGUUAUCAUGACUUUGGGUCUAAAAACUCUUUUACUUGACGUUUGAGUAAUUAGCUUACAACUU